AUGGCUACACACCAUAACCGCUCCGCAGCCUCUCCCUCCGUGUUGUCGUCGUCGUCGUCUCGCAAUGCCAAUGGAGUGAAUGGACUGACCCCAUCCCGGUCCCAAUCCACCAGGUCCACGUCUGGGCGAUCCCAGCAUUCAGCACGCUCUUAUUCCUCGUCACCAGCAGCAACCGCUUCAGCAUCUGCUACUCCUCUUGCUUCUCCUGCUCGCUCCUCUCGACCCCCUCUGUCCGCAUCGUCGGGAGCCUCAGCCUUCGCCGCUGCUGCUGCCGGUCCUCGUCUGCCUGCCGCCUGCUCGCUGCCAAAGUCAGCCUCCAGCUCAGACUCCACAGCGGCCAACACUCCCGUCGUCUCCAGGUCCUCGUCCCGGUCCAGGUCCAACUCCAACUCCAACUCCAACGCCAACUCGAGGAGCCACGUUCAAAAUCACAGCCAGGAUCUCGGUCACGGUCACAGUCAAAGUCAAGCCAAGAACCAGAGCCCGCGUCACAGUCUCCAGCGUGUCCCUACCAACGGCACCAGCCACCAGGGCGCUGCCACUGCUACUACUGCUGCCACUGCCGCUGUUGCUGCCGCCGUUGCUGCCCGCUCCACCGGCUCCCAGCAGCAUCUGAGCCAUCAUCACCCGCAGCAGCAUCUCCAACACCAGCGUCAUCGCCAUCACCGCCACGCGUCCACGUCGUCCACUGCGUCCUCUCGCCCUGUCCAGGAUAUUCUCCCCCAUCAUGACUAUGAGACUUCACACCUAGCAUCCUAUUCUCAUUCAAAGCGCAGCUCCAGCAGAGAUCGCACGUCGCUCCCGUCCACGACAAGGGGCGCUGUCGCCGCCCCCGAGUCCCCUUCCGUCUCCUCAUCCCAAGCUGCUGCCCGAUCCAUAGCUCGCCAGGCCAGCACGCGCUCCUCAUCCCAACGACACCAUCACCAACCCUAUCCCUCGAGCGACAUGGCUCCCUCCGCCGUCGCUACCAACAAUGGCAGUCCUUCUGCUCCCCCUUCCUCCCAUGGCGCCUCCGACCCUCACCAUCAGUCACACUCUGCCAGCAAACAGACCCGGUCACGCACUACUAUUCCCGCCCAAUCGGGGAAAUGGAUUCUUGGCAAGACAAUCGGCGCCGGCAGCAUGGGCAAAGUCAAGCUUGCCCGCAAGGAAGAUGGCAGCGAACAGGUUGCUUGCAAAAUAGUCCCUCGAGGCUCGACCGAAGAACAUCAGAAUCGUGCGGACAAGGAGCGAGCCGACCAGUCCAAGGAGAUUCGAACCGCCCGCGAGGCUUCUAUUGUCUCUCUCCUGAAUCAUCCCCACAUUUGCGGCAUGAGAGAUUUCGUCCGCACCAACUACCACUGGUACAUGCUGUUCGAGUAUGUCAAUGGCGGCCAGAUGCUCGACUACAUCAUCUCGCACGGCAAGCUCAAGGAAAAACAAGCUCGAAAGUUCAGUCGCCAAAUCGCCAGUGCACUAGACUACUGCCACCGAAAUAGCAUCGUACACCGCGACCUCAAAAUCGAAAACAUAUUAAUUAGUAAAACUGGUGAUAUCAAAAUCAUUGAUUUUGGUCUCAGCAAUCUCUUCUCGCCUCGGGGCCACCUCAAGACCUUUUGCGGCAGUCUUUAUUUUGCUGCUCCUGAGCUCCUGCAGGCUAGAGCAUACACAGGUCCAGAGGUUGAUGUAUGGAGCUUUGGCAUUGUGCUCUACGUCCUCGUCUGUGGUAAGGUGCCAUUCGACGACCAGAGCAUGCCAGCUCUUCAUGCCAAAAUUAAGAAGGGUUUAGUAGAUUACCCUAGCUGGCUUUCGAGCGAAUGUAAACACCUCAUGUCCCGCAUGCUGGUGACCGAUCCUAAGCAACGUGCUACAAUGCAAGAAGUCAUGAACCAUCCUUGGAUGACAAAGGGCUUCAAUGGACCUCCUGACAAUUAUCUUCCUGUCCGCGAACCACUAGUGCAUCCCUUGGAUCCGGAAGUUAUCCACGGCAUGCAAGGAUUCAGCUUUGGCUCUCCUGAAACUAUACGAGCUCAACUAAGCAAAAUGAUUGACUCCGAGGACUACCAACAUGCUGUCAAGAUGUACCAACGAGAACGAGAGGCUCCUCCUCCUGCAAAAGACGCCGAAAAGAAGAGAGGCUUUGGGUUUGAUUUCUACAAGAGACGAAAUUCUUCCAAUAGCAGAGACACUUUGACCGGUCCAAGCAGCGAUACCUUGCAGCUAGGACACGAUCCUCUCUACGCCUUUAGUCCGCUGCUCUCUAUAUAUUAUCUUGUCAAGGAGAAGCACGACCGUGAGGCAGCUCAGCAAGUCCCUAUCACGUCAAGCGGCUCACAUGAGAAAGAAAAAGAGAGGGAGAGGGAGAGAACUCGGGAGCGGGAGCGGGAAAGGGAGAGGGAGAGGGAGAAUGAAAGGGAUCGAGAUCAUCGAGAUCGAGAUUAUCGAGAACGUGAAAAGGGUGCCGACACUAUGCCAGAGCUUGCGCCUCCUCAGGCUGCUCAUACCAAUGCAACUACAUAUGAGAUGCCUGGCGAAAGGCCCACUGGGGGACGGACAAGGCCCCGUGCCCGCACUCAUGGCGAAGACGAUGCACCAGAGUCAGCGAGACCGCAUGGGCAUCCACCACCUCCUCCUGCGCCGGAAACCAAGGUCGAACAGCUGCAAAAGAAAGAAGGCACUGCAGCGGGACUGCUUCGAAGGUUCAGCACUCGGAAGCGCCGAGAACCCGAGAGACUGGACAAGGAUCGUUCUCAUCCUCCCAUGGUGCAAGUUCACUCUCCGUCUGAUCCAGCACCAUCACCCGCCACUCCCAAGAAGAGCUUCAGCAUUCGCCGCGGUAGGCGGGACCGUGAUGAACCACCAGUCCCGCCGAUUCGAUCAGGAAGCAGCCAACCUCAGCACAGUGCGCUACUCAGCCCCCCAUUGUCCGCUCAUGGCACGAGGGACAGCCGAAGAUCAGGUUUAGGACGCUCUACUAGUGUUAAUUCAGCGGAAAUGCGUCGUCGCCAGGGCGGCAGAUUACCCAAGGAGGCCGCCGCUACCAGUGGCUCUGAACAGUCUGUGUCAAAUGAUCAAUCAGGGACGUCUCAGAGAGCCCACGCUCACUCCAGAUCGGCUUCAAUGCGGACUAAAUCAUUGGGACAUGCCCGCCGAGAGAGCAUACAACGUCGUCGCUUGAGACGCGAAGGACUUCAGGAAGCUGACGUGCCUGAGGAGACGGACUAUGAACCAGAUCAAAGUGGCGUAUCCACAGAUCGACUUGACAGCGCUGAAUUGGCCAAGCCAGUGUUCCUGAAGGGUUUAUUCAGUGUAUCAACAACCUCUGGCAAAUCCGUACCGGCAAUCCGAACAGAUAUUAAGCGCGUUCUCAAACAAUUGAAUGUUGAAUUCACAGAGAUCAAAGGGGGCUUUUCCUGCCGACACACGCCAAGCAUCGAUUUGAACAAGGUGCAUGACCAUCCCACCAGCCCUGGUCAAACUCCAGGCCACCGACGUCGCUUCAGCUUCGGUGGCUUGAUGCGAAACGAUGAUCGAGAAGAGAUUCGAGAGCUGGACCGAGAACAACGCCAACCACCGACUCCUCGAACUCCCGGUCGACCAGACCGUGAUCGACCAGAGAGAGAGAGAGACCGCUCUGAUCGGGAUCGUUCUGAUCGCGACCGCAGCUACUCCAACUCGGAGACGUCGGUGGAUAGCAUCCCUCGACGGAAUGGCGGCACUACGAGGCGAGCACCAGGCGAAACGAGCACCCAAGUCCAAAGUGACCUUGGCGAGAGCAUGGUCCUAGAAUUUGAAAUCUUCAUUGUCAAAGUACCUCUCCUGUCACUGCACGGAAUCCAAUUCAAGCGGAUGACAGGCAACACGUGGCAGUUCAAGAACAUGGCAGACCAGAUACUACGAGACCUGCGGCUCUAG